AUGAAUUCCACGCCUCGUGAUGAGAACGUCCUCACGGACAUUCGAACUUGUCAAGAGAUUGUCGCCAAGUCCCACAAUGACAAAAUCGCGGCUAUAUGCCGAAUUUUGCAGGGAUGUGCAAUGCCAGAUACCAGUGGCAUGGCCCAAAGUUUGUUCGAAAACGGACUGGACUGUCUGACCCUAGUCUGCCGGACCAAUCUCAGUCGAUACGUCAGUCAUAGCUUCAAUCCGAGCCCCGUUGAGCAGGCAGACCAAGAGAAAAAUCCAGUUCUCCCAUUCUUGUGGUCAUCUCUCAACCUCGUCAAACACCCAGACGAUGAGCACCACCGACUGGAGGCACUGGAAAUCCUGUCCAACGCAAAACAGGAUAUUCUCAGACGCAUCAUUGCUCUGGGGCUUCUGGAUUCGAAAAACCUAGACUUCCUCUCCCUGAAUGAUAGCGAUAUCAUGAACGAGACCCUUUGGUCACAACCUCAGUUCAGGCUGUACGACACAGUUAUCCGACGCGAACAAGGCGAGCGGGAGUGGCAUCUCGUGCCCAGGCCAGGCCGACGCGAGCAAGGCCAACGUAGUCUUUUGUCGUUGUGUGCGGCAGAAGAUCCACAUCAGCCAUUGCAAGAGUUCAUCGAUAGCAACAUUGGCCCCCGAGAUUGUGAAGAUGGCUCCCAGGAGAUAUGGAUGUCAGACAAGCCACGCAUCGUCCGCAUCCAGUACGAACCCUGUGCAAAUGCACCCGCCAAUUUUCAAGAGCUUCGACGAUUCGACAUGCCCAUUUACAAUUGUAAAGAGGCAGUUGCCUGGGCCAAUAUCCGUCCCGACAUCCUAAAGGCUCAUGUCUCCUGGCAUUACGAGCUGGGGUCGGUUGUCAAAGUCGGCGCAACCGCUCGCCACAACAGCUAUGUCCGGACGUAUUCCCAAGGUGGUGGGCAUAGGCGACUCGAUGCCCGUGGCACGAAAACCGUCAAUAAUCUCUGGAAGCUGGACGGUGCAACCUCGGGUGUCUAUCUCUUGGUAUAUCACUGGACUGCUCAUGAGCAAUCACAGAUCUAUUCUGCCGAGGUGCAGCCAAAGUACGGUUCAGACCGGAUUACCGGCGCCGAUGGCGUUGAAUUGAUCAAUGGCUUUUUAAACAAGCUUGAUCUUGAAGAGCCGAGCGCUGAAAGCCAGAAUGUGGGAGACACAAACACGGCAUCAUCAGCUCGACCGGCAACCGGCAACCGCAACGUGCCCGUCGACGCCGGUACAGCUCAGCCUGACAAUCCUGUGCCUGUUCAGGACCAAGGUGACCCGAGACAGUCACAGCCGGAGCCUGCUCGUCCGUCUGACGCUUCACAUCCGUCCCGCAACGUACGAAACGAGACCCAAGAGCAAUCUUCCUCUCGACGGGGCACCUUGCCUUUCGUCCGAGAGAUAGCCGUCGACCUAGGAACAGACGCCCUACCCAAGUGGAAGACAAUCGCGCGUCGUCGCCAGAUCGUCGAGAGCGCUCACAUCGUGAGUACCGGAGAUCCCGCAGCCGUGACGACACUUCUCAGCGUAGAAGCGAGAGAAGCACAGGGCGAGAUCGUAGCCCUCUGGAGUACAACCGACGCCACUCCGGUGAUACAUGGUCUCCCGGACGCAGAGAUCAGAGAGAGGCCGACAGACGCCGUGACUUCCGCCCGCGCUCGCGCUCGCCUCCCCGGCAUGAGAGAUCCGACGGCCGCUGGCACAGCAGGUCUCCUCGACGUGGAGAGCAGAGAGAUGCCGACAGACGCCGCCGGUCACGCUCGCCGCACAACGAGUACCACCAGUCGUCUUACCAAAGCUACAGACCUUCUCCGCCACCCGUCAGCACACAAGGGGGGCGUCGGCGCCCUUCGAGGCGAGAACGGCAGAGACAAAGACGCCGCAAUUGAACGGUUUUUAUGCUUGUAA